CCCCUCAGAUCAUCGAUCACAUGGUUCCCUCGUCACCGAGCACCGUGUGUGUUCGUCAGGAGGAGGAUGACAGGCAGGAGGGACCAGUGAGCUCCGCGGAUCUGCUGCUACUGCUGCUGCUGCUGCUGCGAUGAAGAGGAGGAUGACGCUGUCCUGUUGUGGAUCAUCUCCGAGACUGGGCCGCUGAAGACCCCCGCUCCCAGACCAGCCCUCCUCUUCCUCCUCCUCCCUGGUCCCUGCUCCUCUGAUCGGAUCUUUGGAAACCGGCUGUAAACAGCUUCACAGCUCUCCACUGUGACGACUCGGCGCAGCAGGUCCACACUCCUACAGUUUGUUAUCCUGACACGAUGGGGGACUCCCUCUGCAUCUCCCUACGCGUCGCAGAGGCAGUGCUCAGAACGAGGAGCUUGAUCACGGUCUUGCCUUUUGCUUUGCUGCUACCAACAGUAAGAGUCAGUGCACAGUUCAUGGGAAGCCCCCUGGACUGCCACAAGACCUGCGUGUGCGCCAGCAACAUUGUUAGCUGCUCCAAGAGCAACCUGUCCUACGUCCCCAUCGCUCUUCCAGAAUACACAGCCGUCCUGGACGUCAGCUUCAACUCCAUCACCAAGCUCCGUGCCGAGUGGACCUCCGUCAAACUCAGCAGGCUGCACACUCUGCUGCUCAACAACAACGGCAUCACUUUUCUGUCCUCCGAGGCAUUUGUGUCCGUGACAAAGGUUCAGUACCUGGACCUUUCAUCCAAUCGCCUCCGCCUGCUGGAUGAGGUCAUUUUCGAGCCGCUGGUGAACCUGGAGGUGCUGCUGCUUUACAACAACUGCAUCUCUCAGAUCGAUCGCUCCGCUUUCUCGAGCCUCAUCAUGCUGCAGAAGCUCUACCUGAGCCACAACCUGAUCUCACGCUUCCCCCUGGAGCUGGUGAAGGAGCGGAGCCGGCUGGAAACUCUCAGACUGCUGGAUGUUUCCUCCAACCGCAUCAAAGUCCUGCCCUUGCACGAGCUUCAGGCCCUGCCAGCCUGGAUAAAGAAUGGCCUGUACUUCCACAACAACUCUUUGCCCUGCAGCUGUGAGCUGUAUGAAGUGGUGGCACGCUGGUGCCUCAAGGAGCUCAGCUCCGCUAUUGACUUCAGGAGCAGCCACACUUGUGUGUUACCAGGGCAGCAGAAAGAGAGAAUGGCCAUACUGGAUCUGAACAAGGUCCAUUUGAACUGCAGUGAGGCCAAACUUUUGGACGAAGAAGCUUAUCUGGACCAGUUCCUCGUGCUGGACUGUGAUACCAGGAAGAAGGAUAUGACUAAGAGAUGGGCACUGCCUGGAAACAUCCCACUGUCUCUUAAAGCAAACACUACUGCUGUGAAGCGUCCUGACGGCAACCUCCAGAUCGGGCCCCUGAGUGCAGAGGACUCCGGGGUCUACACCUGCUAUGCCACAAGUGACUCCGUCAAUGAGACGCUGUAUGUGACUGUAGUGGUGUUUAACUCCACCAUGAGUGGUGGCAUGGAGAACAUGAAGACGGCCUACACCACCCUCGUAGCAUGUCUGGUCAGUGCUGUUAUGGUUCUAAUCUACCUCUACCUCACACCCUGUCGCUGCGCUUGUUGUCCGGGUCAGGGCCUGGAGAAGAACGACCCCUGUGACAGCCUCCAUUCUUCAACUGUCAGCGUCUCUCAAGCACACAAUGAGACGGGGCAAGAGCGAGUUGAAGGUGGCUUUAGCUACAGACAUGUGGGCUUCCCAGAUAUCAAGGACCAGCUGGAGCAGAAUGGGAGGUUGAAUCCAAUAGGUGAGGAGGACGAGGAUUGGCACGGGGAGAGCAAGGAGAGAAGGAGGUCCGACGCAGAGUCGGUCAGCUCCGUGUGCUCCGAUACCCCCAUGGUGCUGUGAGGGCUUCAUCCACACGGCUGUGCAGGACUCAAACAUUGGCAUCUUCCAAACAAAGCCAAAGCUCUGUCUCUCAUGGUCAGCGGCAGUGUUUCAGUAGCAUGUAUCAUUGAUUAAAAAAGAAAGAAAAGAUUAUCGGUGCGGUGAAAAAAAAAAAAUACCCCAAAGCAUUCUGUUAAUGCUUAAAAAUAUUUAGCGAAACAUUUAAUUUGACAUCGCAAGAGUGGUAUUUUUGAAGACACAAAACAUGAAGCAUAUUCUUUCAAUGCAAAUGAUAUUUACAAAAUUGCAACUAUUGCUUUCAUUGGCUGAACCUGCAAGGAAUCGCUAUGCAAGUUGUAAUGGAGGAGUUUGAAUUUAGCUUUCACUUAAGUCCUUGAUUGAGAAAAAAAAGUAACCAUCAACCCCAGUUACUCACAGCAUGAAAAUAUGCUCUAUGUUAUUAUUAGAUAAAAGUUACACAGAGUUUUAAAGUUGUCUGACAGAAGCUGCUGCGUGAUAUAGAAACAAUUAUAAAUAUAAAUGUGAUUAUUUAUUCUUCAUUUUACAUUCCUGUUUGGUUUGUUCAGCACUUACAGGACGUGAUACUGUUAGGAUUACUCUUAUGCAAUUUUACCAUUUUAAAUUGUUUUAGAUUUAGUGCUCCAGUUGAAGGGUUUCUGAAUCCUUAAACCUUGUAUGCAAGUCUGUUUUAAAAACCAGCAGAUUAUAUGUAUUGCUGUGGCAGUUAUUCCUAUUGAUCAUUGACAUCAUACACACUGUAGGUAUUAGUUAAACUGAUAUCUUUUCGUUUACAUCAAUUUAAACAUAACUACUAACUAUUUACAGACAAAAUCACAUGACAAAUUAAGUUUAGCCAUCUAUGUAACUAAUAUAUAAUAAUAUAAUGCUGCAUUCCAUAUUUGCUGUAAAAAUAAUGAACAAAGGAACAUAUUUGAAUAUUGAUGAGAUCUAUUGUGCAGAUCUAGGUACAAAGAGGCAGUUUCUUUGUAAACUGACAUGUUAGUGGAUUCAGAGAGUAUGCAGAGACAGUUUAGAGUUACAAAUAUAUAUAUAACCAUCGUAAUAAACUGAAGCUUAUUUAAAUCACAUUCCACAAGUCAAUAAAGAUGGUCUCUGUUAAUGCAGCGACUGACGACACAUUUCAGCCUUGCUUCUCCGGUACAGAGUUUCCCAGUCGGUUCUGCUUCUGAUCUCGUAACACAAUCCAGCAACCAGUAAUUACAGGACGGACGAGUUGUAAUUAACCUAAUCAGAGUGAUUUUCCCUUCUCAGAUUGCCUGACCCGGGUCAUUUUUAGAAGCCUGAAGAGGCACAACCAGUCAAUGUUUCACAAGAAAGAGCCAAUGAUAAGAUAAGAGUCUGAAGAAUAGGAAUCAUUUUAUAGAUAAUAAUGUUUGUCUCAUAUUUCACUAAUCAUGGUACAGUGACUAUUACACUUAUCUCAAGAUCCCUUGUAGAGGUCUGGACAACCAGGUCGAGAACCACUGAUCCAGAUUGAACAUUUAAAAUUGUUAAGGUUCAAAUUUUCAAUAACAUUAUAAUGACAAGUUUUGGUUUGGGCUGGAAUUUCAAAUAUAAUAUCUACUGUUAUAUUGCAGUUAGGAUAAUAUGUUAUGGUGAGAGCGACAUUCAGACCAGCAACAUAAACAUACACCCUUCCAUAUUGGAUAGUUAAUAGCAGCCAGGCAGGAGGACCAACCCAGGGGAGACAACUGAGAGCGAGUACCAUCUACUGAAUGCUUCUGGGCAUUAGUGCCCAACCCAGAGCAAAUCAGUAAAAUGCCAGCCUGCCAGCCAGAAGUCUCAUAAACACAGUCAGGAAUAGCAGCUUGUAGCCAGGCCAGCACACAGGCAGCCGGACACAGCUGAAAUGUAAAUAUAGAGGUUGCACUUUUAGUUCUAUUGAAAAUGCUUUUAAAUUCUUGACUUUAGAGGUGUUAAUAAUGGUGUCGAUACGAAUGCUGCUUUCCAUUUGGUAUGAACACAUGUAAAUCAGGUAAAAAAAAUGUGUCACAAAACUUAAUGCAUAAUGAAACUCCCCUAGAUAAUGGAUGUAGCAAUUGACAGUACUUUUAUUUUGAAGGAACAAUACUGUCAUCCUCUCAGUUCUCUUUGUGCUUUUUCAAAAAUAAUUUGGGUGAUUCUACACCUUCAUUCAAAGCUUAUGGAACUGACUGUAAAAUAAUGUAGCUUGACAUGCUGAGAAACCUUAUAUCUCUCAUAGGGACCCAUCUACUCUAUGCUAAUGUCCAUACUUCUCCUAAAACCAAAGAUUUAUUUGCAAACAUACAUUAAUAACCUACAUGUUCAGUGUUUACAGUCAGUACAGUUAUAAUGUCUUUACUAAGUUGAGCUUACCUACUGUCUAUUUCUGUGUUGAGACACAAACUUAUAUUUUAAUAUAUGCAAUCCUGUAUACAGACUGCUGUUAAAUUAUUGUUGUAUUGUACUUCGUCUUUUAAUGUAUUGAUCCUGUAUUUCAUAAACUUCAU